AUGACCGUGACUGCCACGACGACCAAUGGUCAUGUGAAUGGUAACGCGGCCAAUGGAUCAACCGCUCGCUUGAAUAGAGCCGAAGAGUUGGAUGAUCUGCUAUCGGCCGUGCGCGACUUGAUUCUGCCCUUUAUUAAAGCCGCCGACGAUGCCGCGGCUCAUCGGGAAACUGGCCGGCUCCCGCUCGACGCCACUGGCACACCUCACAAUGUCCUCGUCGACGCCGUCCAGCCUCACAGCCUUGCUGCACAUCUCAAGUUCAUAUUGCCCGAGGAAGGGCAGGGUAAGCAGGGGCUGUUGGAGGGCAUCGCAAGGGUGCUCAAGUACAGCGUCAAUACUUGGGACCAGGGGUUUCUCGAUAAGCUAUACGCAAGCAACAAUCCCGUUGGCGUUAUUUCAGACAUUGUCCUGUCGGUCCUGAACACAAAUCUGCAUGUGUACCAAGUCUCGCCGGCACUUACCAUUAUCGAAAAGACGACGGGACGCGCAUUGGCCAACAAGUUUGGCUUCACGGGCCCGAGAGCCGGUGGCGUAACUUGCCAAGGUGGCAGCUCUUCAAAUCUCACCUCCCUGGUCGUUGCGCGGAACACCUUGUACCCGGACUGCAAGACCGAGGGCAACGCCAAGCAUGACUUUAUUGUGUUCACGAGCGCCCAUGGCCAUUACUCUGUGGAAAAGAGCGCCAUGAUCUGUGGCAUGGGCUCAUCUAAUGUGUGGAAAGUACCUGUUGAUGAUGGCGGAAGCAUGAAGGCAGAUGCCCUUCGCGAGCUGGUGGUUCGUGCCAAUGAGCAGGGAAAGACCCCGUUGUACGUCAACACCACUGCGGGCUCUACAGUUCGAGGUUCCUACGACCCGUUCGAGGACAUCUCAAAAAUAUGCAAAGAAUUCGGUCUCUGGAUGCACAUUGACGCUAGCUGGGGCGGGCCAGUCGUCUUUUCUGCUCAGCAGAGGUGGAAGGUCAAAGGAUCCCAUCUCGCUGAUUCCAUCACCAUCAACCCCCACAAGAUGUUGAAUGCGCCCACCACGUGUUCCUUUUUGCUGGGCCCAGACAUGAGCCUAUUCAAUAAGGCAAACACCACCGACGCCGGAUAUCUCUUCCACGGAAGCACCGAAGACGAUGUCUGGGACCUUGCGGAUUUGACAUUACAGUGCGGCCGCCGAGGCGACAGCUUAAAGGUUGCUCUCGCAUGGCUGUAUUAUGGAGCCAACGGCUUCGAGAGGCAGGUUGAUCACGCAUUCGAUAUGGCGUCCUACCUGUGGAAACUGGUGCAGCAGACGGGCAACUUCGCCAUGGUGUCGGAAAACCCGCCCCCGUGCCUCCAAGUGUGCUUCUAUUACGCACCCAACGGCGAUUUGUCGAGCGAUGCAGCGACGAACACGAAUCGCACUCAGGCCUUGGUUGAGAAAUUGAUUGGCAGGGGCUUCAUGGUGGACUAUGCUCCUGGAGACGUGGGAAGUUUCCUGAGAAUUGUUGUCAAUGUCCAGACUUUGCCAAGCACUGUCGAGGGAUUGACGAGGGCUCUGGAGGAGGCUGGAAAGGAAGUGGCUUAG